UAAUUAGUCUGGGCUUUGUUAAGGAGACAGUGAACUCUGUGACUGUACAAGAACCUCAGUGUGUUUGAUCUUUAAACUCUCAACAUGGUUGAUGCAUUUAAAGGACCUUGGAGACUGGUUGACAGCCAGAACUUUGAUGAAUACAAGAAAGCAGUGGGCAUUGUUAUCAGACCCACAAUUGCCAUCAGUCAAGUUUACAAGAAAACAAUUUAUAUCAAACUGGGAAAGGAGUUUGAUGAAAUCACAGCAGAUGGCAGAGAAGUAAAGUCCACUGUAACCUUGGAAGGAGACAGUCUUGUCCACGUUCAGAGGUGGGACGGCAAGGAGACAAAGAUUGUUAGAGAAAUCAAGGAUGACAAAAUGAUUAAUACCUUGACCUUUGAGGGCGUUCAAGUCGUCUGCAAAUAUGCAAAGGAAUAAUGUCAAACUGAUGGAUGUUUCAUUGUUGCUUUGGCAUUGUGACACUGUGAUUUAUCUGAAUGUUGCAGAAUGUCAAUAAUGUUGGUAGAUGGUAUAAUUGAGACCUGCCUUUCUGUCAAGUUGAAUAAAAUAAACACUUGAUCAAAAACUGA